AUGGUACUUCGGGGACGACAGGAGGCUCCAGGACGCGGUACACCGAGCGCCGCGGAGGUGAUCCGGCAGCGUCGCAAUGCCUUCGACUGCAUCUGCAAGAUCUCCGUCGUCUCGGCGCUGACCGCCUUCUUCUUGCACCUCUCCGAUCACCCGGAGGACGACGAGGAGAUCGGCGGGUUCAUGUUCGACUUCCUGUUCGCGGCGCAGGACGCGUCCACCUCGUCCCUCUGCUGGGCGGUGUCGACGCUGGACUCCCACCCGGAGGUGCUGGCCCGCGUGCGCGCCGAGGUGUCGGCCGCCUGGUCCCCGGACUCCGGCAAGCCGAUGACGGCGGAGACGAUCCAGGGGAUGCGGUACACCCAGGCGGCGGCCCUGGAUGCGUCUCCUCCCCUGCUCCGUGUCCUCCCACACCGACGGCCCUGCAUGCGUGAAGUCCGGCGGCCCUGGAUUCGCGAAGGUCGCGGCAGGGGCAUGCGGGGCCGCCGGGACGAGCAGCGCGGCGGCGAAAGAAAGGGAGCGGAGGAGCAGAGCGCGAGCGGAGGAGCAGCGCGGGGCGGUGACGACUGA